UCAACGGGAAGCAACUCCCUUCCUUUGCCUGACAUUAUGCCAAACCAGACUUCCAAACCAAGCGUGUCUAUUCGGCGCCACAAGAGCACCACAGAUUUACCCUACAGCCCUCAGCGUGGGUACAUGCGUGGCCAGAGACCAAGUAUCUGUGCCCCUACCGAGGCAGAGCUGGCACUUAUGAGGCGCUGCUCUUUACGUGAGCCAAACAUUCGGCCAUGUUGUCGCCAUGCUCUUAGCAUUCCCAACAUGACAUGUCCAAGCACAAGCCCUCUAUGCAGCACCCCGUCCCGCAGUGCUCUCUACACACCUGUACGGGACAUAGAGUGCAGUCCUAAAGCACGCAACAAGCUAAUAGAAAGUAAGAAUGCACAGACUCCAACUUGUCCACCAGAGCUUCGCGAACAGUGCCGCUACAUCUCCAAAGAUGGGAAGUGUAGGGUAGACUUGGCACAUAUGGCUGAGAGAGAACGAUUCCUGGCUGACAUCUUCACGUCUUUUGUAGAUCUUCAGUAUAGAUGGUUUCUUUUCAUGUUUAUGAUGUGCUACGCAGUCACCUGGUUUAUUUUCGCUGGGCUUUAUUCGCUAAAUGCAUUCUUGCGUGGAGAUCUCGAAGUUCCUGGUGACGCUGAUGUUUGCUACCCCAAUAUAGAUGGCUUUGUGUCAGCAUUGCUUUUCUCAGUAGAAACACAGAGAACUAUUGGCUACGGUGCUCGGACGGUCUCAUCACGCUGCUACGAAGGUGUGCUUUUGGUCAUGGCGCAGUGCAUUGUGGGCUCCAUGAUUGAUGCCCUUAUGGUGGGCUGCAUGUUCGUCAAAAUCUCACGUCCGAAGAAGCGUGCAGAAACGCUUCUUUUCAGCCGGACUUGUGUUGUGGCCAACCGUGAUGACUGUCUUUGCCUUAUGUUCCGUCUCGGCGAUCUGCGUGAGAGCCACAUGGUGGAUGCCAAAGUACGCGCUAAACUCAUCAAGUCUCGGCAGACGUCAGAGGGGGAAUUUCUCCCACUGGAGCAGUCUGAGAUCGACCUGGGCUACGAGAGUGGCUCUGACCGUCUGUUCCUGGUGGAGCCGCAGGUCAUUCAACACACCAUCGAUUCCAGCAGUCCUUUCUGGGAGCUUGGGCCGGAGGAGCUGCGGAAGCAACAGUUUGAGAUUAUUGUCAUCUUGGAGGGAAUUGUGGAAGCAACAGGAAUGAUGUGCCAAGCGAAGACUUCCUACAUCGAGACGGAGAUCGAGUGGGGAGCCCGUUUUGAGUCGUGCAUGACACUGGAGAAAGGGGCGUUUCGAGUGGACCUGAGACGCUUCCACAGCACGUAUCCCGCGCCUCUUCCGCCGUGCAGCGCGCAGGAACAGCAUCAUCACCUGCAGACCCUCCGAGUGGGACUGGAGCUCCAGGAAUCUCUCAAAGACAGUGUUAACUGGAAACUGGGGGGAGAUGACCAAGAAGACGACAUUAUAAAAACACCAGGAGCAUGUACUUUCACUAUCCACAACAUCCAGGAGGAGCGAGUGUCAGAAGUCAACGAAUGCGAAUCUCUUUAGUUGUUGCCUCAGGUGUGGCAGUUGUACAGGUAUGUGCUGCUCAGGCUCCAGUCUGGAGGGAAGUCCUGCGUGGGGUGGUUCUUCAGGUGUUUCUGCAUGGCUGCCAGGCUGCUACAGAAC